ACUCUAUGAUCAAAAUCAAUAGCCCUACAAAUAGAGGGAUUCAAUCUUCAGAGAUAUUCAGAAAAUGUUGCACAUUUUUUUUGACAUAUUGCGGUUGAAUUUAGGAGUAUUUCUGAAAUCCAGACUCCGCGUUGUAAGAUUCUUUAGAUGCAUCGAUGGGAGCCUGGCUGUAUUUUUGAAGUGCGCAGAACAGCUGGCUUUGUGUGUGUGUGGAGUGGACUCCUCCCGUUGUGUGAUGAAGUUCAGAUGCGCGCCGUUGUUCCGUACGCGCGUCACCAGAGGAGCUUCCCGACGCGAGGGGAGGAUGGAGAGUUGUGUGGAUCACGACCAUGGGAGGCUUUAAAUCUACCACUAGACCUCGAUAAUUGACGGUUUUCUACUUUUGCAGGAUAUGUUUCCACCUUUUGUAUGAGCAGGAACCUGGUUGCUCCGGAUUCAGACAUCCAGUACGGCGUUUCGCGACUCAUCCUCAGUUGAAAAGCUUCUUGGGCUUCGUGGACCGUAAAACCUCGACUCGGUCCCUCACGGUUAUGCUUUAGUAUACUCGGGUGGAGCUGUGUGUGGGGGGUAUUCUUUUUUUUUUUUGUACUAUCCAGGAAAUGUUGGCAUGGCCGCCUCAGGAGCACAGAAGUGUCCGAAGAGUGAGAAGUUGGACGAGGCGCAGGCUUUGGCCAAGAGCUGCGCGGGGAGACCAGACUUCCUGCCUUGUGAUGGACUCUCCAUCUGCGCGACGCACAGCCACGGGAAGUGCUUCAAGCUGCACUGGUGCUGCCACUUGGGCUGGUGUCACUGCAAAUACGUGUACCAGCCCAUGACCAAUGUGUGCAAGCUGCCCAGCACAGCCGUGCCUCCUGUUGAAACAGAGUACAGUAACACCAUGGACCUGUCCGUCUCUCUGGCCGAGCGCUUCCUGAAGCUCGCCCCCUGCUUCCAGUCGCCCCCUUACCUGGAGUCGCCCAAGUACUGCGUCAUCGCCGAUCUCUUUGUGGACGACUACAUCGUUAAACGCAUUAACGGAAAGAUGUGCUACGUUCAGCGCCCACCUCCUCCCUUACCAGAGCCACCUCAUGCUCCUACCCCUCCCCCACCUGCUCCUGCUACACCUCAGAGGCCCAAAAAUCCAUCUUCUCAGCCUCGACAAGCAGUGAAGAAUGCACCGCCUACCCCUCACACACCUACACCCCUGCAGCCGGUCCAGCAGGUGUACAGUGAACACAAACACCGGUCUCCUGUGGAUAAGAUCAAAGGCCCCAAAAUGGACCACUGCUCCUCUCCGUCCAGCUCCGAGGACUCUGGCAUCAACGCGUUGGGUCUGCACUACCUGGAGUCCUGCGAGGAGGAGAGCGACGAGGAGGAGGACGAGGAGCUGAGCACGGACGGGAACUCCAGCCCUGGAAGCCUUUGGGACCAGGACGAGUGCUCUCUGCUCUCCCCCUCCAAGUCUAUGAUAGAGAUCAUCGAAAAGAUCGAAACAACUGUGUAACAGAUGCAACAUCGACAUGGACACCAGCUGGGAAGCAGCACGACGUAACUCAGAAUGAUUUUAUUGAGGAUGAUUCCUGCGGAUGGCCAAGGACUGUACUGCCUGCACUCAAACAUGGCCUCUCCUCUUCUCAACCAACCCCGCAAGGAGUUAAUUUCUUAAAACAAGGAAGCACAGGAUUAAAAAGCACAUGCACAGUGGACCAAAUAGACCUCUUGUACAUGGUAAUUACACAGUAUAUAACCUAAAAUACAAAAGGAAUCUAUCAUAGGCACACUAACAUCACAUUCUGAGACUUCUCUCCAGGCAUACAUUACAGGAGCUAAAAGUACGUUUGGUGAUGAUAAUGAGGGGUUCCUUGUGUUUUCCAGUCAUCAAUCUGGCAUUCAGACUUUAUUCUAAUUCAACCUUUAAGCGGCAGAGAAAGCUUACCAUUUUCACUCUCUCUCUGGCUGGUGGCUCCGCCCACACCUAUUAGUAUUUCUGACACUUCAGUGUAAUAACUACAAGGCCAGCUACCCUUCACGGGGGCCUAAAGCACACAUCAGCCGUUUUACCCGUUAAUUACUCAGCUCAGAGCGGCAGGAAAAACAGUUGCUUUUUAUCACGUUAUUAUAAAAGAUUCCAGGCCCACAGUUAGUCUGCACUUUACUGACACUAACACAAGCAGUAGGUAGGUAGGUCAGUGUUUGACAAUCAAGGAUUACACAAAAAGCACAUUCCCAUGCUGUACCUGCCAGUGAGGACCAAGGAUGUUCUUAAACCAUUCAUCAGACUUUAACACAUUGUUCUGACAAACCUUUCAGGUCUCACUGCACUGAACUGCAGUGCUGUUCGAGGUUAAAUGAGGCGUUAAACAAAACAUGCCUCCUUAUGACCUCUAUUAGCAGAAAUUAAAUAGCAUGGACACGUCUCUGGCAGAGCUACAGUGACAAAAGUAGUCACAGCAGAAACUUGUAGGACACCUAGGGAAGAGGGGAUAUUCCUUAUAUAUAUAUAUAUAUAUAUAUAUAUAUAUAUAUAUAUAUAUAUAUAUAUAUAUAUAUACAUAUAUAUGUAUAUAUAUAUAUAUAUAUAUAUAUGUAUAUAUAUAUAUAUAUAUAUAUAUAUAUAUAUAUAUAUAUAUAUAUAUAUAUAUAUAUAUAUAUAUAUAUAUAUAUAUAUAUAUAUAUAUAUAUAUACAUAUAUAUAUAUAUUUAUAUAUAUAUAUAUAUAUGUAUAUAUAUAUAUAAUUAUAAACUUUAACAAUAAAAGAAACUGCAUUGUUAUUGGCAUUUGGGGUUUGACAGUGAAAUGUUGUGUUUCCAGCUGGAUGGGGAGGGAGUCUGGGAAAGGUGAGCAGGUUAGGAUAGAUUAGUACGUCACAGUUUUUUGUGCUUUGGGGCAGAAAAAUGUCACUUAAUGCACUUUUAAAAUGAGAUUACAGUAUGGAAUAGGAUGCUGAAUAGGUGUUGUGAUGUUGUGAUGGACAUGAUGUUAGAAGAAAUGCACUCAAUUAUGAUAUAUGUGGGACAGCCCCUUUAUAGUCAGUUAGUAAAAUGAAGAUGGGCUAUAUAGGGUUAUAUUUGUUUUUUGCUUUUUAUGUUGAAAGAGUUGUUUUCCAGGGGAGUUAUCUGCCAAAAUCACAGAAAUAUUCACAAUUAUUAUCGCUACCCAAGCUACACUAAAUGUUAAAAUAAAAAAAGGAAUUUUGCAUGACUGCAUUUAUUUGCAGAAGUCCCUUAUGUCAAAGACCGAUUUAACGUAAUUGGCUGCUCAAAGAGUGGACAAAUUGUGCAUCAGUUCAUCAGAUGGAAUAACUUUUAUUCAGGGACUGCCCUCGACAUUACAUUGAACACAGUCCCUCCUAAUGCAGCUUAAAAAAAUGUCUUAUGUUCUCAUUAUUGUUAUAUUAUUUUCAUAUGAAUAAAUCUCAAUGAAACAUUUUUUUCCAUCCUCAUUUUGUCCCUUUGAAAUGUGUGGGCAUGCUUUU